UCCUCAGUCGCUGCUUUAACAUCAACACAAGACUACAUCUGAAAAACUUGAGGGACAUUUGGAGAAUUUGGAACGUUUUCCUAAAGGCUCAUCUUGAAGGAUUUGCGGCUCUUCAUCAUUUGUAGCCAUGUCUAAUCACUUUGAAAGAUUUUUGGCACAGAAGAAGGAGGCCAUCGAGGCUGUAAUGGAGACAUUCCAGAGAGGAUCUGAGGUCGUGGCUAGUGCAGUCGGGGAGUUUUUUCCCCUGUGUGAAGUUGCUACUCCAGUCCUGAAGCUAGUUUUGGACAACGUUGAAAGUAAGGAGGUGGUCUAUGUUAAGGAGCAGUUCAUAGUUGUGAAUAAUAGGCUCGAUGUGAUCUCGUCCCAGCUCGAUGACAUCAACUGUGAGAUACAGAAGGGACAUGUUGAUUCUCAAUACUUUUCUGUGGAGGAGAACAUACGCAACCAGUUCCGCAAAUAUCAAGACAUCUUGGAAGCCAAGCCCCAGUUUCAGGAAGUCAAAAUACGUUUGUUCUUGGACCAUUUUAGCAAGACUGGUGGUGAGAAGAACCUCAAUGUGCUAUAUGAUGCCCUGAUGGGCACAAACACUUUUGGAGAGUCCAUCCUGGAGGCGGUGGAGAGAUAUGAGUUUAAGAACAGAAGGGUCCUAGAAGAUUUCUGUGUCCGGAUGAAGGAACUCUUCUGCCUGGGGUUGAUCGUCUUGCUAAGUCAUUAUGCCCUCACUAAAAGGGAAGAUAUGGAGCAGUUGAAGCUCUCUGAAUGGAAGGAGAAAAUCCAAGAGGUUGAGACCAAGAUGAAGGAAGUCAUUGAGGAAUGUGUGAAUUCAUUUCCAACACAGGCACAUGAGGAUGUCCAGAAGCUGGUCCAGGAGAAAGAUGGAGAUAGUCUCCAGGACACAGCCCAGGCGCUGAUAAGUUUCCUGGAAAAGAAGUAUGAUUGGGUCAGUUGGUCUGUCCGCAUUAUUAGCCACUCAGGAAACAGCAGCGGUUCUUUAUGGCCGAACCGCCGUACCAGAGACAAUUUCCAGUGUGUUGAAGGGCAGAACUGUUUUCAUUUGCUGCAGAGAAACGGAAACAACAUAGUCGUGUCCUACUGCCUCAAUCCACAGCCUAUUCCCAAGGACACCAUCCAACAGUUGAUGGAUGGUCCGGCUAAGAAGGGGGAUGCAGAAGCUGUGGUGGAGAAUCUGAAGAUACCACUGUCUGGUUUUAUGGUCCAUGCUGUCAGCAGUCAUAAACAGAGCUUCGCAGCAUAUAACAUCUCAGAAGACUGCCAUUAUUGGGAGAAACAUAAGAAUGUGGCCCUCUGUGUGCAUUCGGAUCAGUAACAAUUCCAAAAGUUGAAACUAGUUGCCUUAUUAGUUUGUGUUCAUUAUAAAUUGGACACUUUCGAUCAUAUUUAAUCACUUUUAAUCUACUUAGCCAGAGAUUAUAGGUCAUAUUUAGCCUUUUUAAAUCUUAUGCCUUAAUGUCCAUGACAUGCUUUAAUACCCAAGUCCAAUUCCACAGUAUGCAUGUCUUUAGCAAUUAUUAUAGACCUGUUAGUCUAAAUCUGUACUCAAAAUCAUGCCUAAAUAAUCACAAUUAAUUGCAUGGUUUACUAUAUGCAUGUUAUCCACUAUACAGGCAACUUAGUCUCUGCAUCCGAGUACAUCAAAAAUUACAGUGUCUUGAAAUCAGACUCUGUACUCACGCUCAAACUAACUUUUGAACACUGUGACAUUAAAUUCAUGGGUUUGAAAAAACAUUUACUGUAUAGUGUCAAAAUCUAAUUCCAAGAAUGUUGAGAAACGUUCAGUUAUUUGUCAAUCAAGCAGCAUCUUCCUGAGAACGUAGCUGGUGCUGGAACAGUUACUGUAUGUAUUGCAGUGAUUUAGGAAAAUAUGCCAACAUUGGCUAUUUUAGUUAAUAUCAUGUGGACUAAGCGUAAUAAAUAUUGAUUUUGUUGAACAGUAUGGCAAGAGACAUAGCUUUAGAGAUUAAAUGUAUACGCUUGCCAAAGUGCUGCCCUGUUUAGUCAGUGCAAGAUUGCUUGUCUCAUAAUGGCCUACAUGAG